AGAGAGAGAGAGAGAGAGAGAGAGAAGGGCAAGAAAUCGAGUAACGUGGAAUUCAACCACGAAUUUAAAAGAAGGCAUCGACACGUCGUGCUCGAUCUACGCCACGAUGACGACAAAGACGAAGAGGAGAAGGUUGGGAUCUACCAUUCGCCCCAUCGCCUUUUCUCACAGUUUCGCCCAUUCGAACCCUGGCGUCGGAUCUCUCGCUCGCCAACGAUCUCGAUUUGGUUUCAAAUUCUGAGGCGUAAGGAAGUUUGAAGGAGAACAGUAGCAUAAUGAGCGACGUAGUUGCUGCAGAAAACGAUGGUGAUUCACUGGUUGAAGGCGGAAGCAGUCUCAACUUUCAUCAGACUGCAGAAGUAAUAGCUUGGCUUUCAUCUCAGUUCGAUGCCGCCGGUAAAGUCGUUCCGGAUUUCAAAUACACUCCUCAGAGCGUAUCGUUUCUACACAAUCUCGCGAGCCGUUCCCAAGCGAAAACUCAAGCUUCUUUGAUAAUUGAGAGCGAUCUCCUCCAGAAAGCAGCAGAAUAUCGUUUGCAAGCCGCAAGGAUCAGCGAAGUGUUGAAGGCGGCGGGAUUGGCACGAGAGAGCUUGCCGGAAAAUGUGGUUUCAUCAGCGGAAGCUCUUGCAAAUGUGGCAAAUUUGUUAGGUACAAGAGAUACUGAACUAGGCGGUUUGCUUGUAGCAAUAGGUGAGAUGUUUCUAAGGAAGGCUGAAGUUGCAGAGACGAGGAAUAAAACACAGAUGGAGUCAGAAAAUCUACUUGAUCACACUCGGAAGGCCAUAGCAAGGCUGACUAAUCUCAAAAGAACCCUUCAACAACUGCAGGAUGAUGCAUCUUCCUGUGAGGCUCAGACGGAAAAAUGGAAAAAGAACUUGGCAAUUAUGGCUGCCAAAGAACAGCAAUACAUGCAACAACAUGCUAACUUCAGGAAGGUACUCAAUCAUAUUGGCUACAGUCCAGAAUUAAGCCAUAGGGGUUUGUUUGAGAUGGCUGAGCAUAUGAAGGAGUUGGAGAAAAGAAAAAUGCCCAUAAUUGAUACACUCAGAAGUUAUCAUGACUUGCCUCCUGAUAAGGAGUUGGCUACUUUAGCCAUUCAAAACAAACAAAUGGAGGUUGAAGCUGCUGAGAAGUACCUUGAAGACGUAUUGCAGUCAGCUCUUGGCACGAGAGAGUAACGUUCCAGCCUCUGCUUUAUCGAUGUCUUCAUUGUCUUAGCCACAUUGGAAAUGUAAGGAUGUGCCUUUCAAGCUGUGACAAGUUUUGCCAAGCAAAUGCGAUAAAGUUGGUUUCCUCUUUUUCUCUUCAAAGAAACCUGUCUUUUCUCCUAUCUCCAGAUUCUCCUCUCCGAAAGUAAAAUUAUUGGAGGAGGGAAGCUAAGCUGAGUUCGGAAAAAGGGAAAACACAGAGAAUAAAACAGACUCUUACCCAUAACUAUUAACGCACUAAGAUCUUUGUGCUAAUGUACAAAUUCUUAAUCAUGGUGGAUAUCAUUUCCACAUCUCCAAUACUUCUUCAUUUGCUUCAUUAAAUUACUCUAU